AUGGAGUGGGAGUCCCAGGAGAACCAUCAGUCCUGGGCUCUGCUCACCCUCCCUCCAGAUGUCAAAGCCCCGCCCAGCCGCGCUAGGCCCCGCCCCACCCUGUGGAGCGACCCCGCCAGUUGGGUCCAACCUUUGAAGUUAAAGCACAACCUGGACUCGGGCGCGUCUCUGGGAGCGGACCCAGGUUCGGAGACCCGGACGCUGGGACAGGCCGCUCGCCGACCGCCCCCGCCACGCGCGGGCCACGGCGCCCCCCGCAGGACCAGCUCGCCGCCCCGGGGACGCCCCACCGGCGCCUCGCCGAAGCCGAUGCCCACCCGGGAGCCGCCCAAGCCCCGCGGCCACCGUGGGGACCUGCAGACCCGCCCGCCCGGCCCUGGGCCCCCGCGACUGGUGCCCCCAGGCCGGGAAGCCAGCGCCCCCCGCGCUCUGUGCGAGCCUCAACUAGGAGCCCCCAGGGCAAGGCCCAAGAAGAUUGUAUUUGAGGAUGAGCUGCCCUCCCGGGCCCUCUUGAGCACCAGGAAGCCUAUCGAAGCCAUCCCCAGGGGGCACACGCCAAGGCCCCAGCCAGUGCCCGACUAUGAGCUGAAGUACCCACAAGUGAGCAGUGAGAGGGAACGCAGCCGCUACGCUGCGGUGUUCCAGGACCAGUACACAGAGUUCUUGGAGCUCCAGCAGGAGGUGGGCUCGGCCCUGGCAAAACUCCAGCAGCUGGAGACCUUGCUGAACUCACUGCCCAGGCCCCGAAGCCAGAAGGAAGCCAACGUUGCCGCCCGCGUCUGGAGGGAAUUUGAGAAGAAGCAGACGGACCCCAGCUUCCUGGACAAGCAGGCUCGCUGCCACUACCUGAAGGGCAAACUCAGGCACCUCAAGAUGCAGAUCCAGAAGUUCGAUGAGCAAGGAGACUGCGAGGGCUCUGUGUACUUCUGAGCGCCCUGGAGGACAGGCGGAAGGACACCACGGGGUGGCCCCCUUGCCCUGUACUUGCCUCUCUUACUACCUCCUGGCUCUAGCUCCUUCUGUUACCCCUUCCUGGGGUAGCUUUGGCAAAUGCCUCAGCCUUUGAGACCCAGCUCGAAUGGCACCUCCUCCAGGAAGCCUUCCCAGAACCUCCACAGGGACCACUGGCCCUGAGCCCAGAUCUCAGCCCAUCCCCUGGAAGCAGGUCUUGCCUGAGUCUGUGUCUCGGUGCAGUAAAUAUUUAUGAAAUGCC